AUGAUUCGAGCUUUUAUCUUCUGCACGCUUUUUUGUCUUGUUCAAGCCAACUUGCUCGAGAAGGUUUGGAGCAAGAAGAAUCAAGUGGAAGCAGCUCCAGAGGAGGUAGGACCUUGAACUACUGCCUCUGAACUUUUGAACUUCAGGUUAAAAUCGUAUCCGACAAGGAAGAUGCUCCUACGAACCCUCAAAACGACAAUGUGCCCAAAGAAACGUUCGCUCUGGCUCUGCAAGAAGGCCAGGACACGUCUUCAGACGGCGAGAACUCUUCUGAAGUCGUUAUCCGAGCCAAGCGCUACUACGGGUGCGGCUGCGGCUGUUGCGGCUGUGGAACCAUGGCUCCUGCUGCUACCAUGAUGCCUUGCGGAUGCGGAUGCGGCUGUUGCGGAUAA